AAUAAUCAUAAGCUCAACAUGAAAACCCUGCCAGAAAGUCAAGGUCCUCUUCUGUGCCGCGAAACAAAAAUAAAAUGCAACAACCACCCCCAUCUCAAAUCACAAUCACAAUCACAAUCGCAAUCGUCAUCAAACAUUUCCUAUCAGCCCUCUCAAAUUUCAAAAAGAUCCGAACUUUAUUUUUCUUUUCAAUUUUCUAAAACCCCCCAAUUCAAAUCUUCACUGCAAAACCCUAAUUUUGUCAGGAAUUCUUAUUCUGUAGAUGGGUUUAAGAUUUCUCAAAAAAUGGGUGCUCUAACAAGUAGUAGUAACCGCAAAAGAGACCACCGAUGUAACAACGACAACCUAUUUUCAAAUUCUCCAGAUUUUCACAUAUCUAAAAAGCCCAGAUUCUCUACUUUGUAUGAAACUCCUGAAUACAACAACCAAACCCUAGGUUCCUCUAACAGUAUUGCCUCUAGAAUCUCUAGGUACCCAGAAUCAGCUACAAAGUUUCGCCGAGAGGUUCACGCCCCUUGUAGACCUCAGAAAUUUGGCUUGUCAAAGAUUAGAAGUGGUGAUUUGAGUGAAAAGAAGAGAACUUUUGGUAGUGGUGGUGGCGAUUUAAUGUGGAAUUUUUUGAGUAAAAAGUUGGGUUAUGCGAAACAAAGCGCGUUUGGCGCGAUUAGGUAUUUGGUUAAAGAGAAAGAAGUGGUUGAUGUUGAUAAUGAGAGUGAGAAGAUUGAGCAAGAAAUUGUGUCUGAGGAUUCUAGUAUUGAAGAAGUCGAGGUCAUUGAAGAGGAUGGAAUAGAGGGAGGGUCCACGGUUUUGGACCAGAGGUUGGGAAGUGGGGAUGUUAAGAUUUUGGAGGAGAGAUCAGUGGUUACUAUUGAUGGGGAUUUAGGGGUGGAGGAUGCAGGGAAGAUGCUGGGUUCAUUGGCAUUGAAUAAUGAAGUUGAAGUUUUGGGUGUUGAGGCUUACAAGAAGUUGUUGGAGAAUACAGAGAGGAGGAACAGGAAGUUGACAUCUUUGGAAUUUGAGAUUGAGUACAAUGAGAAAAGGUGGGAUUCGCUUAAGGCGUUGCGGCCUGUGAAGAAGGAACCUGUAGAGGAGAUACCUCGUGAGCCUUUUAUCCCUCUCACACCUGAGGAAGAAGCCGAGGUUAAGCGUGCAUUUUUGCCCAACAAUAGGAGGAGGGUCUUGGUCAGUCACGAUAAUUCCAAUAUUGAUAUUACUGGACAAACUUUGCGCUGCCUUGCACCAGGAACAUGGUUGAAUGACGAGGUCAUAAAUUUGUACAUGGAGUUGCUUAAAGAAAGGGAAAGGAGAGAACCGAAGAAGUUCUUGAAAUGUCAUUUCUUCAAUACUUUCUUUUACAAAAAGUUAACAGGUGGAGGUAAGGGUGGCUUUGAUUAUAGAGCUGUCAAAAGAUGGACCACGGAAAAAAAGUUGGGAUAUUUCUUGAUUGACUGUGACAAAAUAUUUGUCCCUGUUCACCAAGAGAUACAUUGGUGUUUGGCAAUCAUUAAUAAAAAGGAUCACAAGUUCCAAUAUCUUGAUUCACUCAAAGGAAGGGACAUCAGAGUUCUUGAAAGUUUGGCUAAAUACUAUGCUGAAGAAGUGAAAGACAAGAGUAAGAAAGACAUUGACGUAAGUAAUUGGGAGCGUGAAUUUGUUGAAGACCUUCCUGAACAGCAGAACGGGUAUGACUGUGGUGUGUUUAUGAUCAAAUAUGCUGAUUUUUAUAGCAGAGGUGUAGGACUGUGUUUUGGCCAGGUAAGGAGCACAUGCCCUAUUUUCGGUUGAGGACAGCCAAGGAAAUUCUGAGACUGAAAGCUGACUGAUUGAAAGUGUGAACGUGCUACUCAAUAUCCAUUAUUUUGUAUUAGUGAUUCUGCAGGCAGCAGAUCUGCCUUACUUGUGAAUAGAGGGUUUCCUUCAGCCUCCGUCCAAGUGUCAAUGUGGUAGCGAAGCAAGGCAAGCAGUUCAAGGUUGCCCUGUUGGCUUGAUGGGUUAAGGAUUAUUCCUUGUGCAAUGAUGCAAACCAAUGUUGACACUGAACAAGGCGGGACCUGUGGCUGGUUAUUUACUCUACCCGUUUGAUUCAUUCAGCCUAGUAGUUAUUGUAGCCAUCCCUUGGUGGGUUCAUAAUUGUAAUGAUAGAAGUCCUGCUUUGGGGGGGAAGAGAUGCAUGGUCAGGCUUUUUGGCUUCUGUGUUCUUUUGGGAAAACUGGUCACUUUCCUGGUGUUGCUACCUUGCUCUAUUUGGUUUCUUUGCGUGCAUAACAGGCAGUGAUUGCCUGUCGUUACAGGGUAUUCUUUUGCUUUUCUGGGUGUGUAGGCGCGUGUAAAUUCCCUCAGUUCACGCAUGAUCUGAGACUACUGAAGUUUCUCGUAUUGCUCCGA